GAGAAGGACGAGCUGGGAGAAUUUAAAACAGCAAAGUGCCCUGGGUCAGACCUGAUGUAUUCCUCUGGGAGGGAAGAAUGCCCUGAAAAACAGGAGGAGGAAUUCAGGCUGAGCUGAUGCAGCUGUUUUUGUGCGUGUGUGUUUGUAUGUGUGUGUGCGUAUCCUGAGAAGGAAGGCGGUAUGUUGGGAAGUAGGUGAAAGAAGGUAUCCUAAGUGGCGCUCUACACAAUGUAUUUGAGUUGCAAAGAGACGCAGGAGGCAUAGUGCCACAAAGGCGGAUCUGCUUGGAUUUGGCGUGAGUGAGGGGGUCGGCCUCUCCUGCAGUUAUUGGGAGGUCACCACAGGUCAAAGGGAUGGCAGGGUGGAGGCUGAGUGGGCCCUGCCUCCUCCUCCUCCUCCUGGGGCUGCUGGCCCUGACCCAGGGCUCCUCCUACCUCUCUGGCCAGCGCCUGCGCACACGCCUUCAGAGGGACCGGCAUGUCCGCAACGUCAGACCCAACAUCAUCCUCAUCCUCACUGAUGACCAGGACAUCGAACUGGGUUCCAUGCAGGCCAUGAACAAGACUCGUCGUAUCAUGGAGCAGGGAGGCACCCACUUCUCCAAUGCCUUCUCCACCACUCCCAUGUGCUGCCCGUCCCGUUCCUCCAUCUUGACUGGGAAGUAUGUCCACAACCACCACACCUACACCAACAACGAGAACUGCUCCUCCCCCUCCUGGCAGGCCCACCACGAACCACACACCUUCGCCGUGCACCUCAACAACUCAGGCUACAGGACGGCCUUCUUUGGGAAGUACCUGAAUGAGUACAACGGCUCGUAUGUGCCUCCUGGCUGGAAGGAGUGGGUAGCCCUGGUCAAGAACUCCCGCUUCUACAACUACACUCUGUGCAGGAACGGAGUCCGUGAGAAACACGGCAACAACUAUCCCAAGGACUACCUCACUGAUAUCAUCACCAAUGACAGCAUCAACUACUUCCGAACGUCCAAGAGGAUGUACCCCCACCGGCCAGUCAUGAUGGUGCUGAGCCACGCUGCUCCCCAUGGCCCGGAGGACUCGGCACCACAGUACAGCACCGCAUUCCCCAACGCCUCACAGCACAUCUGUGUGUGUUCUCCUCAGGUGUAUAACAUGCUGCUGGAGACUGGAGAGAUGGACAACACCUACAUCAUCUACACCUCCGACCACGGAUACCACAUUGGCCAGUUUGGACUGGUCAAGGGCAAGUCCAUGCCUUACGAGUUCGACAUCAGAGUCCCCUUCUACGUACGAGGGCCCAACGUGGAGGCAGGAGCCAUAAACCCUCAUGUGGUGUUGAACAUCGACCUGGCGCCCACACUGCUGGACAUGGCUGGAGCAGAGGUGCCCUCAGACAUGGACGGCAAGUCCAUCCUCAAACUCCUGGACACAGACAGACCUGGCAACAGGUUCCAGUUGAACAAAAAGGGAAAAGUGUGGAGGGAUUCAUUCCUGUUAGAGAGAGGGAAGCCUCUCCAUAAGAGGUCUGAUGGAAAAGAAGUGUCCCAGGAGGAGAAUUUCCUGCCUAAGUACCAGCGGGUGAAGGACCUGUGUCAGAGAGCAGAUUACCAGAGCUCCUGUGAACAGCCUGGCCAGAAGUGGCAGUGUGUGGAGGACCCUUCUGGGAAGCUGAGGCUGUAUAAGUGUAAGGGCAUGGCCAGCCUCUUUGCCCCCCGCAUGCAGGCUCUGAUGGCUGCUGGGCCAAAGAGCUACGGCCACAUGUCCAACUCUGACUCUUGUAACUGUGGCCCUCUGGGCAUCAAGACAACACCCGUGAAGAGGAGGAAACUGCUCACCAAAAAGAAAGGAAAGUCCACUAAAGGUCAGUCUAAGAACCGCUGGGCUCGCUCCAUCCCCUUUGAGCUGGACGGAGAUCUGUUUGCUGUGGACCUUGAGGAGGGGUACCGGCCUGUGGGCCCCAGGAACUCCAGCUGGGACAGGCAGAGGAAGACUGGAGCUGGGAAUGGAGACCUGGAGGAUGAGGAGUUUAGUGGCAUGGAGGUGACAGCCAGACCUACCACCAGCAACAACCUCACACCACCUGCUUCUCUCAAAGUCACCUACAGGUGCUCCAUUCUGAUGAAUGACACAGUCAAGUGUGAUGGAGGCCUCUACAAGUCCCUGCAGGCAUGGAAGGAUCACAAGCUGCACAUCGAGCACGAGAUUGAAACCUUGCAGACCAAAAUCAAGAACCUGCGGGAUGUCAAAGGUCAUCUAAAGAAGGUUCGGCCGGAGGAGUGCCAGUGUAACGACCCCAGUUACCUGUUCAAGAACAAAGGGUCUUUCAGACUCAACACAGGUCACAUCCAUUCGCUCAACAGAAUGCCCUCGAAGCAGAAGAAGCAGUGGCUGAUGAAGGAGCAGAAACGCAGAAAGAAGCUUCGUAAACUACUCAAGAGGCUACGCAACAACGACACCUGUAGCAUGCCUGGCCUCACCUGCUUCACCCACGACAACCAGCACUGGCAGACCGCCCCCUUCUGGACAAUGGGGCCGUUCUGUGCUUGCACAAGUGCCAACAACAACACCUACUGGUGUCUCAGGACCAUCAAUGACACUCACAACUUCCUGUUCUGCGAGUUUGCCACAGGUUUCUUGGAGUAUUUUGAUCUUAACACUGACCCAUACCAGCUGAUAAAUGCUGUCAGCAGUCUGGACCGCGAUGCUCUGAACCACAUGCACCAGCAGUUGAUGGACCUGCGCAGCUGUAAAGGACACAAGCAGUGCAACGCAGAGAAGGGAGGCAAAGAGCGAAACUCCUUCAGUGAAUACAGGCCAGUUCAUCGUCGAAAGAGGCCAAAAGUGAAGAAGCCCUCCUCCAAAUCAGUAGGGCAGAUUUGGGAAGGAUGGGUGGGUUAAACACCUGGACCUGUCCUCCACACUGGCUCUACCAUCAUCUGCGAGGGAGGCUGAAGAACCUGAGAAUCAUGUGGGGAUUUCACUGGAAUGUAACCUCAUAAACCAUUACUGUAGGAGUUCAUGGAGAAGGCCUGGACUGAUAUAGUUACCAAAAUAUUCUCCAAACAGAGGAAAUGUUUAAGUCUAUGGAACACAAAAAAAGGAUUAUUGUUGCCUUCUUCCCCCCUCAUACUGAAUAAACACUCUUCCACUCAAUCAAGCUUACUCACAGGACUGUCUCUCAUCUAGUAACGCAACACCUCCCUCUGUCAGUCCCAACAACUCUUGUAGAUUCUUGAUUUUGUGCGGUUUUAAGUGUCAAUUCUUGAUCAUCAUUGUAUAUAAAUUGCCUGUAAGCUUUUUUAUUUUUCCUGUUGAACUGGAAGAAAACAGAUUAAGAAAUGUGAGGUGGAUGAAAUGUCAAUGGUGCUGUUACAAACUGCUGUGGAUCAUCUCCUGGUGUUUCACCCUAAGGCUCUACUACCACACAGGAGAAGGAUAUCUGUCAUCACUCACACUUUGACCCUACUGUACAGACAUACAACAUUAAGAAACUCUUGUCAUCACAUCAUUUUCCUUGGACCACAAACUUCUGGAUGUUUGCUGCAUUUUUGUAUUAUAGCUCAAAUAAAUGUUGCUUGAGAGCCAGUAAUGAUUGUUUUACCUUAUAGAGAUGGUUGAGAGAUGAUGGGACAUGACAGUCAAAAGGCUCAAAAAGCUAAUUCUAAUGUUUUUAUCACAGACUCUUAUCAGGACUACUCACCCGAACACCCACACUGAGAGUCUGCAAACCAAACUCCUUAACAUUAGUCAAGUGGCAGAAUGCUUAUGGUACAUUAGUGAAUGAUAUUUUAUUGCUUUGCAUUGAUCAUGCCCUGGUAGGUAUUCAGUAAACUUAGUUUGUUCAGCUUGCAAUACAUGGUGCUAUGAUAACAAUAUGGAAAAAGACUUGCUGUAUAGUAUGUAUUUGAAUGUAUGUUGUGCAAUUAAUAUAAAUGUUUACAAUAUUUUUUAUAAUACUGAAAGGAGGCAGACCUCUCUUGUACCUGGUAUUAUUUAAGACGACAUUAUUACCUUUUAGAUGUUAUUUUCUGUUAGUCUUUUGGAUAUGUCAAAACUUACUUCUGGAAAAGCACUUACGAAUUAUUAGUGAAAAUAGUAACUGUAAAAUUAAUGGAUUUGUGCAUAAGAAUGCAGAUUGUGAUCUUUUGUCAUUGAAAUAAUGUUGCUUUCUCAUUUGCUCAUUUAGCCUUUUCUUUUCUUUUAGCAGUAUUAGGUGAUUUAUUAUAUUAGCCUAAUUAGACAGUAAUUGAGAAUAAAGUGUUGAUUUGCCACAUCCAU